GCGGAUUCAGGUUUCAGUUUUUAGUUCUCCCAGUUCGGAGUCGUUCAUAGUUCUGUUUCUCGCCCACCUCGCUUUUGGUUGUAUGUCACUCUGCUUCAAUAAAGGAUCUCGCAUCAGCCUCUAAAAAUUUAGAUUUCCUACUAAUGGAAAAGUGAAGACUUUAGACGCUACAAGUUUAAAGCCUCCUACUCAGAGAGAUCCGAGGGCAUUUUGACGCUGUUUUCCAGUUAACUGAUUGGUCAGUAGCUGACGAGUUCAUUCCCGUUGGGGGAGGUUAUGGUCAAAGCGAAACGCAAAAAAAAAAUAAAAAAUAAAAAAUAAAGAAACGCUUCAAGCAGAAGCCAGAAGGAAUCCUGACCGUCUAAGUGAGCGUCAAAACAAUGGGAUCAGCAACAUCUCUGCCCAAGGACAACAGUGCCUUCUCUCUGACUUUGCUCAAACAGCUGAGCAAUAACAACAAGACGGGAAACAUCUUUUUCUCCCCGUUCAGCAUCUCUUCAGCCCUGGCUAUGGUGAUGCUGGGGGCCAGAGGCAACACAGCCACACAGAUGUCAGAGUGCUUGCAAACCGGAGAUUGUUGGGGUGACGUUCACAGCAGCUUUGCCAAACUCACUGAACUCAACAGGCCAGACGCUCCAUUUACCUUCAGUGUUGCUAACAGACUGUACAUAGAGAAGUCCUGCCCCUUUACUCUGAAAUUCUUAAUACAAAGCAAGAAACAUUACAGCACAGAGCUGGAGUCUGUGGACUUCAAGACCAGGUCUGAAGAGGUCAGGAUUGAUGUCAACAACUGGGUGCAGAAACACACACCAGGUAACAUCACAGAGGUGGUGGAUGAAGAUGAUUUGAAUGAACUGACCAGGCUGGUGUUGCUCACUGCCACCCACUUCAGAGGCAGCUGGAUUAAAGAUUUCUCUGAGUUUAAAACUUAUGAUGCUCAAUUUUGGCUCAACAAGAAUGACUCAAAGCCUGUGAAGAUGAUGAAACAGGAAGAAGACUUUGCGUGUGCCUUCAUCGAAGAAGCAAACUGCAAGAUUCUAGAGAUGCCUUACAGUGGGGAGGAAGUGAGCAUGCUCAUCUUUUUACCUGCAGAGAUAGAGGAUGAUACAACAGGACUGGAGAAGCUGGAGAAGGAGCUGACCUCUGAGAAAUUUGUGGCUUGGACUCAUCCAGGCCAGAUGCAAACACGUUGUCUUGAUGUGAGGCUGCCUCGAUUUACACUGGAGGAGACGUAUGACCUGAACACAGUCCUGAGCAGCAUGGGCAUGGUGGACGCUUUUCAUCACACAAAGUGUGACUUCUCUGGCAUGUCUGGGUGCAAAGAUCUGGUACUUUCAAAAGUCAUCCACAAGGCUUUUGUGGAGGUCCACGAGAGGGGAACUGAGGCUACUGUUGAAGUUAUGGGAUGGAAGGAGCGUCAUUUACUCAUGAUAAGGCAGGGCAAUUUUGAUUUAAAAUCCUUCAUCGCAGACCACCCCUUCCUCUUCUUUAUCAGACAUAACCCCACCAUGAACAUCCUGUUAGCUGGUCGGUUCUGCUGCCCUGUGUGAGCUCUGUGUCCUUUACAGCAGCUCAGUACCAGAAGUCUUUAGUGUUUAGUUGGAGAACCUUUCAAAAUCACUGCACAACAGCGCUGUAUUCAUAUUAAUAUACAGCUCUCUAUUAUCAUUUUUGUCUUUUGUUUGCUUUUUAUAUUUUGUAUUUUUCUCAUCACAAAACUUUCUCACUUUUAAAUGUUAUCCUGUCAGAUGUUUAUAUCAUAUUCUUUAAAUGUCCCAUCUUCUGAUCAGAAAUUUAUCAAAGAGUGUUUAGUGGCUGAAAUGAGAUGAACUGCAUGAUGUAUAAUUUACUUUUGAAUCUUAAUUUCUCAUUGACCUCACACUGGCCAGUUCGGGACAAUCAGCACAUACAAUGCUCAGUUCUGCACUAGAUGGUGACCAGGAGAUGGUAUCUGUACUUUCUUGUCUCAUUGCGGCAGGUUGUGAAUUUCAGUAUAGAGUAAUUAGGUCUCAGUAUAUAGAAGUCAUGAACACAAAUAUCUGAGAUCAUGAUGGAGCUGUGUCAUGUCUUAUAUUGACAUGGCUUUAUACCAGCUCUGAAUCAAUAAUGUGUCACAUUAUAUCCUUGUUGCUUUGAUUCCUCUCUCAUUGUCUCUUCCUUGCUUCCUUUGUACAGGUGUUACACAGAAAAUGUACAAGUGAUUCCUGUGAGCCAAAGCUUAGAUUUCAGACUGCUCAAAAGGAUCCAUUUUACUUUUUCUGCUCUCACCUCUGUCAGAAAGAGCAGCUUUUAAGUUAGGCUUAAAAUUUUGCUUUUUGCCAAAACAUAUAGUUAGUGCUGGAUCAGGUAAACCUGAAUCCUCCUUUAGUUAUGCUGCAAUAGGUGUAGGCUGCAGCUGGAUUUUUUCUUCAGUCAUAUUUCUCACUCAUUAUGUGUUAACAGACCUCACUGCAUUGAAUCAUACUUGUUAUUAAUCUCUGGCUCUCGUUCCACAGCAUGUCUUUUAUUCUGUCUUCCUUCUCUCACCCCAACCGGUCGCAGCAGAUGGCCCCGCCCCUCCCUGAGCCUGGUUCUGCUGGGGGUUUCUUCUUGUUAAAAGGGAGUUUUUCCUUCCCACUGUCACCGAAGUGCUUGCUCAUAGGGGGUCAUAUGAUUGUUGGAUUUUCUCUGUAUGCAUUAUUGUAGGGUCUGCCUUACAAUAUAAAGUGCCUCGAGGUGACUGUUGAUGUUAUUUGGCACUGUAUAAAUGUAAUUGAAUUGAAUUGAAUCACUGGUGGAAGGGACUAAUGUUAAGGGGAGGAGGCAAGGAAAGGAAUCUAGGAUGAACAAUCUGAUAAAUUAAACUAAGGGAGAUGUUUUCUGUU